AUGCAUUUCCUCAGGAAGACUAUCUUGGCCCUUGGCCUUCUUGGCUCUCUUACUUCCGCCUCCCCUACUCCGUCUCUCACCACCUCUGUCAUCUCCCGCACAUCUAUUGCCCCUCUUGCCACUAGCCAAGCUGCCCUCAACGCAACAAAGAUCGUCCGCCGUCUUGAAUACAAGAAUGCAAUUCCCGUCCCUGAACGUGAUGAAGAUGAUCACUGCGUUGGUCACACUAAGAACAUCUCCGCGCUCUCCAGACAAGAAUACCUGGCCUUUGAACUCGUCCCCACCAGCUGGAAGUGCCCCGAUCCCAGCAUCUGCCGUGAAGACAUGAGGUACCUCACCCCCAGAGUCCACGAGGCCGUGCAGAACGUCCUCGUGUCCAUGAAGCAAAUCAAUACUCAACCCAUCACCAUCCAAGUCACCAUCACCAACAACGGCACCGGCCCCAUCACCUUCUGGAAGGACUUGUCUCCCAUCGGCAAGCAUGCCUUUGGUCUCGGCUACUUCCACUUCCAUACCGAAACCGAAGGUGUUGUGUUUGGCGAGCGUUUUCUCGCGGAUGCUCACGGCUACCGACCGGGGUGUUAUAGUGACCUCUUCGAGCUUAAGCCUGGUCAACGUGUGAGCAGAGUGAUAAAGAUGCCUAAUAGGCCGCACUCUAACGAGGGUAAGGCGUGGAACGACAUGCUCGACUUGGCCAGCAAUGUCACGGUGUCGAUGUCGGGAAACCGGUAUGGUAUCUGGGCGGGUACUAAGGAUGAGGUCAUGGCAACCGAUAUGGACUGUGACUCAUUCGGUUUUAACUUCUGGAAUGAUCUUAUUAUUCCGUGGGUGGCGACAUUCCCCAAGGAGUUUCAGACGUUCAGCGAAAAGACAGGCCUUGCCAUGAAGCUUUAUGUGUAA